AUGUUCUCCCUCAAGUUCGUCGUCGCCAUCACCGGCCUCGCCACCCUCGUCACAGCUCUAGAUGAUAUCAAGAACUGCUACUGCGCCCACCCUAUAAGAAUUGGAAAAGCAUCGGAUCCUCCGGCCAUUGAGGCUGUGUGCAACACAUAUGGCACCUUGAAGAAGGACUCGGGUGGUUACACCACGCGUGCGAUCAUGAUUGAAAUCAAUGAACCACUAUUCUUCAGCGCGUGCACGGCGCAGAACGGGCAGAAUACUGCGAACUGGUGCGCUUGA